UGAAUUGGUAUGACAUUGACAUUUCUUGAAAGAAACUUUACACUUUCUUUUUUACAUCAAUGCGAUUUUUUUUCUAAAUAAAAUUGUACUAGACCUAAAAAGAGCUAAGUAAAGUCUCUGAUAUGGCCCCUUCUACUGAUUGGGAUGAAAUUAAACGGCUUGCAGCUGAUUUCCAAAAGGCUCAAUUAAGUUCGACAUCUCAGAGGUUGUCGGAGCGAAAUUGUGUUGAAAUUGUUACAAAGCUAAUAGAGCUUAAGUUAAUUGAUGUGAUCUUCACAACAGAUGGCAAAGAAUAUUUAACACCUCAACAGCUUAUAAAGGAAAUCAAAGAUGAACUUUAUGUACAUGGUGGACGCAUAAAUACCGUUGAUCUGGCUAAAGACCUAAAUGUUGAUUUAAGUCAAAUUAAUGCUAAUAUUGGUGAAAUUAUAAAAGGCAAAGAAGUCCAAUUGGUGUCAGGAUAUUUGAUAGCUCAUUACUUUUUGGAAAAAAUUGCUCAAGAAAUCAAUGAAAAACUUCAACUACAAGGCCAUAUCUCUGUAGGUGAAUUAACAUUGCAAUAUGAUCUUCCUGCUGAGUUUUUACAAAAUAAUAUAUUGGAGCGAUAUUUGGGUAAAAUAAUUAUAGGAAGACAGGACCCAUCUGAAGCAAGAAACUUUUAUACAGAACAGUAUAUAACUAGAUUAAAAGCUAAAAUCCGUGGUGCUUUAAUGGGAUUAUUAAAACCUACACCAAUAAAUGUGAUUGUCAGUCACUGUAACAUGCCCGAUAGACUAUUUCUGUCAUUAUUUGAUGAAAUACAUGCUCCAGGUGUACUAACGGGACGUCAAACAGGUGCACUUUAUGUACCAACUUGUUACACAAAAUCACAAAAUGAAUGGGUAAUGAGUUUUUACAAGCAAAAUAAUUAUCUUGAAUAUGAUGCCCUGACACGAUUGGGCAUUUCAGAUCCAAAAGGUUAUGUUAAAAGAAUUUUAGCAAAUGAAGAUUUAACAUUUCUUGGUAGUUGUGUUAUUGGUCUUCAAAUAAAACAACAAUUGGAGACAGCUUUGGAAGAAUGUGUGGCAUCAAAGAGUUAUUUAGAUGUUGUGUCUUUGUUACCUUCGGUAUUAUCAGAUUCAGAUAUUGAAAAUAUUAUUGAGACAUUGCUUAAAACUAGUGCUAAAUCUACUAUUCUCUUUGAUAAUACAGUUUUCAGCAACAGUUUCAUAGAAAAUUUGAAGAAUUCUUGCAUGCCUAUGGUACAGAAGUUGGCCGAAGAUGUUGUGAAAUCGCAAAAAUAUCAACAGUUUUAUAUAGAGAAACAAUUAGCUAAAACAGCAGAUUUGUCAUCCCAAACGCAUGUUGACCAUAAAGCUGAAAGACGUGAAGAACGGAGAAGAAAAGCUGCAUCUGGGAAAGGUGGCGGAGGCACUCAGGGUCGAGAAACUAAAACGAAAGCUGUAAAGAAACAUCAAAGGUCCAAACAAGUUACGCAUGAUUCAGACUCAGAUGAAGCAUCAAAUGCCAACAAAAAAGCUCCUACUCAACUUGAAAUAGUGUCCGUUGAAAACAUUGAAGAAGUUAUUAAAGAAGCAUUGGAAAAUGAGGGUCUUGACGAUUUAACAAAUCAAAUUGCUGAAUAUUUACAAGGAUGUUUAAACCAAACAGCAUUAGCAAUAGCAAAGGAAAUGGCUGAGAAAUUGCUUCAAGAUGCUAACCAAAAUAGAAAACAAACACAUUCAUCAGCUCAAGACAGAAUUAAUGUUCUUGUUAAUGACAUUAAAUUGUAUGAAAAGGGUCUGAAAAUGUUACCUUCCGAUCAACAACCUCAGUAUAUAAAAUACUUGUUAAAAACAUUUGGUGGGGAUACUUUAGCUGAAUUUUGUAAAUAUGCAGCGAAUCAAUGCAACUUGUCUUUCAAAGGCGAUGUUCUUACUGUUGAACAAAGAAAUAAAAUUAUUAAUGAUUUAUCUGACGAGUAUAUGAAGCCAUUAAAGGCUCUAAAUGCCACAUUGACAGAUCAGAACAUGGAAUUAUUUUAUCAAGCUGUUGAUGUAUGUUUAUCGGAAUGUGGCAUGAUAUUAAAGAAAGUGGACAAAAAGAAAGAUAAACUUCUAGUACAAAAUCAUAGGGAAAAAUUAAUUGCAGAGCUAGAAAAUUGUAGUGAUCCAGCAUUGGUGUUGCAUUUGUCCGUGUUGGCAAUAUUUACAAUAGUAACACAGAACAUGCUUCAUGCAUCCGGUCGACAAGUACCAUUAAUUAUACUUUUCUUAAAAUCCCAUCUCAAAGGCGAAGAUUUUGAAAGAAUACAACAAUACCAUGAUUUGGUUUCCAAAUAUUUGACAGCUAAUGAAGAUGAUGAGAAAGUACAAGCUGAAGAUAAACUAAAAGAAGAAAUGCCUUCAAUUAAGCUUCUAGUCAGUGAAGUAAAAAAGAAUAAAUUAAACUGAUUUGUUGAAACCGAACCAAUUAUUUAAUACACUGGUGUUUUGGAAAUAAA